AUGUUUUCCAGUUCUUCCUUUGGGUCUCAGAACAAGUACAAUGUGAAUAACAGUAUAGAACUCUCCAACUGCCCAAACGACUCCAUUAGUAAGGUGUGUUGGUCGAUGAACUCCUCCUUAUUAGCUGCAUCCUCCUGGGAUAAGUCUGUCACCGUAUGGGAGGUACAACAUAUGGGUGGCAAUUCUGUCAACACUCGGUUUGGAGCCUCUUUUCAACACUCUGCCCCCGUUUUGGACUGUGCUAUAAGUUCAGAUAGCAGGUAUCUCUUCUCCGGAGGAUGUGACAAUGAGCUUAAGAUGCACGAUAUGUCAUCCAGGCAGAGCCAAACUAUAGGAAGGCAUGAUGCCCCGAUUUCUAAUAUUUUUUGGUGCGACGAGCAAAAGUUUGUGGUAACAGGAAGUUGGGACAAAACUAUUAAAUUUUGGAAUGGGCAGUCUCAGAACCCCAUUUACUCUCUAAGUAUUCCUGAGAGAGUAUACGCAAUGGACCUUAAGUAUCCUGCAUUGGUAGCAGCAGCAGCAGAUAAUGCAGUGUAUGUCUGGAAUCUUCAGAACAUUACUCCAACUCCAUAUAAGAGAAUCCAGACACAACUAAAACUUCAACCAAGAUCAAUUUCUCUUUUCCCAGAUAGAACGGGUUUUGCUAUUGGUUCAAUUGAAGGUAGAUGUGCUAUAGCCCACAUAGAGGAAUCUCACAGAGAUAAGAAUUUCCCCUUUAGGUGUCACAGAGUUACCAGUAGCAGUCCUGAUAUUGCCUACUCUAUUAAUAGCAUUGACUUCCACCUACAGUACGGAACAUUUGCCACCGGAGGGAGUGAUGGUGCUAUAGCUUUUUGGGACAAAGACAACAAAUCCAGAUUAACAAUUAUGAAGACGAUGCCAGCCCCAGUAACUGAUAUCAAAUUUAGUCCUUCCGGAAAACUCCUCGCCUACUCUUUAAGCUAUGACUGGAGCAAAGGAUACGAUAAUACUGCAAUUAAUAACAGCUGUAACAAAGUUCUAUUACAUGUAAUGAAUGAUGAACAUGUAUGCCCUAAAGGGAAACGCAACUAA